CGUCAGUCAGUAGUUCACUUCACUAUCAGCGAGGAUGCAGAAAAUAAUUUAUCAAAGAGAACUCGACCGCGUGCCUGAUCUGUUCGUGUCGUAGAUUAUGCGAAUAAAUCGAAAAAUGGACUAUAAGUUUGACGUGCAAGUUAUGAUCAUAGUAUACUCCCGUCUGAAUAAGUGAUAAAAGUUUGCUUUGUGUAACAAUUUCAUUUUAUACGUAGAUAGUCAAGAUCAAAUUACAGUUUUAAUAGAAUUGAUGUUCAAAACCUUUCAUCGACUUGCUAUCGUAUGAAAGAAUCAAAAAUUAUUUUGGAAAAUGGAUUUGGAACCAAAAGAAAACUCAGAACUACUGUCGAAAGUUCAUAAUGUAGAGGUGAGAAUCGCCGAGAUACCGAAUCCCGAAACAAAUGGAAAUGUGCGUGGAAAUAAUGAUGAUGAGUUCGCAAGAGGUCCCCCUGAUGGGGGUUUCAGAGCAUAUUCUGUGCUGGUGGGCUCAUUCCUCACAAAUGGCCUUCUCUUUGGUGUGAUAAAUUCAUAUAGUGUGAUAUAUACAGUGAUGUCAAAACAAUUGAAGGAACAAAAUGUACCAAACUUUGAGAGCAAAGCAUCUCUGGUGGGCAGCCUGGCGAUGGGAACGACUUUCCUGCUGUCGCCGCUGUCGGGCGUGCUGACCGCGCUGAUGGGGCUGCGCCGCACUGCCGUGCUCGGUGGUACCAUCGCCGCCUCUGGCCUACUUCUCUCCUCUUUCACCACCAAUAACGUCGAUAUUCUAUGCUUCACUUACGGGGUCCUAUAUGGACUAGGCGCCUCUCUCGCCUACACGCCCUCCCUCGCCAUUCUCGGCCACUACUUCAAAAAAUACCUUGGCCGCGUCAACGGCAUCGUCACCAUAGGCAGUUCUAUUUUCACAGUCAUGAUGCCUCCUCUUAUGAAACAUCUCAUUGAAGACUAUGGGCUCGACUGGAUGUUCAGAGUCCUAGCUAUAUUUACAUUUGGUAUUGCGCUUUGUGGUCUUUUGUUUAAACCUAUUCCUUUAUUGGUUAUAGAAAAACCAUUAAAGGAAGAUAACUGUACCUCACUUAUUAAGACUAUAGUGAGUGUUGAAAUUUGGAAAAAUAAGAAGUAUAGAUUGUGGGCGCUAUCGAUGCCCGUGGCACUAUUCGGUUACUUUGUUCCUUACGUGCACAUAGGCAAAUUCGUUGAAACUUUCGAUAGAGUAUACAACAAUGUACCCAUACAAUGCAUAGCGGCCACUUCUGGGGUAGGAAGACUAGUUUUCGGAUUCCUUGCGGAUAAGCCUGGCAUCGACAGAAUUCUGUUGCAGCAGAUUUCGUUUUACGUCAUAGGCAUUCUUACGAUUAUUUUGCCAUUUGUUAAUUCCUUUGCAUUUAUAAUUGUUAUUUCGUUAGGAAUGGGCGUGUUCGACGGCGCAUUUAUUGCCCUAAUUGGGCCUAUAGCGUUUGAGUUAGUUGGCGGUGCCCACGCGGCACAGGCUAUCGGUUGCAUGUUGGGUCUUGCGGCGGCUCCGCUGUCCAUCGGUCCGCCGUUCGCAGCCUAUUUGCAUGGUUUAUAUGAUUCCUAUACCUUGCCAUUCGUUCUCGCUGGCAUUUCUCCGCUGGUUGGCGCCACUCUCAUGUUUACCAUACGUCUUUAUCGUAAGCCAGGAAUUCAAAAACGCCAGAAUCAAGACAAGGGCGGUAGCAUAAACGGGAGAUUAUCUUCAAAUGAUAUUGAAAAACUUUCGGGAUCUGGCCCUCUUCAAAAUGGCGAUAAUCACCACGAUCGGAUGGUUAAUACUUCUUUAUAACCAGAUACAUUUUGGCUUUAAGUAGCCGUAACAACGCAACUGCCGAACACAUUUCAGAAAACGCAAAAUGUCAGGUAUCUAGAUGUAAGUUAUAUUUAUAUAGAUGGGUAUGCAUGUGUGCAAUACCGUAUUAUGUACAAACUUAAGUUUUGUGCCAGUAGGUGUAAAUGAUUUCAGUGAUAAAAUAUGUGAAAAAACAAUCGUAGAUAGGUUUUAAAAAUUGCUGCGGAUCAGCCGCUUAUUAAAAAAAAUCGUUACGUUCAUUGAACUUAAGUACUUAUGUUAUACUUCGCGGCCGGAGGCAGGAUAUUUCUACCUCGCUUACGAUACGUGUAUGUGCAUAGUGCAUAUACCACGUUGGAUAUUAUACACUUUGUUAAUGAAAUAAUAAAAAAAUAGUUUUUGCAGAUAUGUUAUGCGGAGGCAAAUUUAGCUAACACCUUUCGUACUUCAAUAUUUUCCACUUUGUAUGUUAGCAUUUUAAUUAAACUAUUCUUUCAACUCCUAAUAUUAUGCAAAGACUUUGUUUAUUAAUAAAAAUUAAUAGGUAAUGGUACGGUCGAGCUCAUAAAGUUAUAUAACCACAUUUUUUUAUAGUAUUUUUGUAAGAUUAUGUGCAUUUAUGCAAUUAAAUAAAUAUUCAUGAUGUCGACUGUAUCUUUUUUAUGCAUUUUUAAUUUUACUCUGAAUGUAAUAUAUUUACCAUUUAAACGUUCCUAGAUAGAUUAGUUAUAUUAUUUUGUCAUAUAUUAUGUAAUGUUUAAUUAAGAAUAAUUAGGAUUAAAUCAUAAA